AUGAAGGAAAGGUCACAAACAAAAAUAAUAUGCACUCUUGGUCCUGCAUCAGAGAAUUUUGAAACAAUUGAACAGCUGUUUUUAAAUGGAAUGUCAAUUGUAAGAUUGAAUAUGAGUCAUGGAACGCACAAAACAUGCUCAAAAAUCAUUGAAAAUAUUAGAAAAGUUGAGGAAAAGUAUAUGGUUAAGAUUUUUGUUGCGUUGGAUACACAAGGCCCAGAACUUAGAAUUCACUGCACAGAGUCAUUGCAUAUUAAAGAAGGUGAUAAUGUCAAAAUUGUAUUUUUGGAUGAGUUUAAUCGGUAUGCACAUAACAAAAAGAUUGAGGCCAAAAACAAACACUUGAUUGGUGUCAAUAUUAACACAUUAGAAGGAUUGUGCAUAGGUAAUGUGAUUAAUUUGGAUGAUAGCAAGUUACUUUUAAGAAUUGAACACGUUGGUAAUAACUAUCUUGAAACAGUUGCCCUUUGUGAACAUCUAUUAAAAAACAAAAAAAGAGUUUAUUUUCAAUCACUAGAAAGUGAUAGAACCUUUCUAAGUGGCCAGGACAUAUCUGAUAUCGACUUUGCUAUAAAAAAUUUCCUUGAUGCAAUAUUCGUUUCUUUUGUUGAAUCUUCCAAGGAUAUCAUUAAAAUCAGAAAGUUAAUCAAAGAUAAAACUGUCCAAAUUAUCUCAAAAAUUGAAUCUAAAAAGGCAAUCUGUAAUAUUAAAGAAAUUUUGGACGUAUCAGAUGGAAUAAUGAUUGCUCGCGGCGACUUAAUGAAUGACGUUGGCGUUGAGCUGUUGUUUUCAUCCCAGAAACAGCUUGUAUAUUUAUCUAAGAGUAAGCCUAUCAUUAUGGCUACUGAAAUGCUUCAGAGUAUGGUGAAUUCCAAAACACCUUUCAGAUCUGAAAUUAGUGAUAUUGGAAACGCCAUACUUGAUGGGUGUUCAGGUAUAAUGCUCAGCUCCGAAACCGCAGUUGGAAAACAUCCUGCCAUAUGUGUUGAUACUAUGAGAAUGGUUUCGAUUAAUGCUGAGAGAUAUCUUAAUCAACUUAUUGGAGAUCUUCAUGGUGAUACUGUAUCUGCUGCUCAGACAUUGGAAUGGUCAGGAGCGGAAGACAGAAAAAGUAUGCUGGCAAAAGGAAUUUAUUUCAAAAAACAGUCCAUUCAAAAACGGGAUUGA